AUGGCGGACGCCCGGCGCCCUACCUCGCACCACCCGGCAAGGAGGUCGCCGUCACCCAUUCGCAGGCAGGCCCGGGAGGACAUCUGCGCCAGGAGGGCGUCUCCACGUCCACGUCGUCCAUCUUCCGGCGACGGCCACCGUCGUCAGCCCUCUGCACCUUUCAGGCACCGUGCUGCGGCGGUGAACAUGGACGCGGACGGCUACACUCUCGUCCAGAGCAGACGGCGUUGGCGUCGUCGUGCGCAGGAGCGCCCUCACCGCCCAAGGCCAGUGCCGCCCGAGUUUGUUGGCAAAUGCUUCAACUGCCUCUCCGGCAACCACGUCCACGCGGAGUGCACCUUCCCGUCGUGCUGCUACUACUGCCACAUCUCUCGGCACCGAGCACGGAACUGCAAGCGCGAGCGCCCCGCCUCCGGCAAUCUCAACCCCGGGCGCCGGGAACCCCCAAGGCGGCGACUUCGUCGGCCUGACGGAUACGUCUCCUCGGCCGGGACGGUGUCGGGUCGCUCCAGCUCCACUGGAUGUGACACCUCCGUCCUGCCGGUCUGCUCCCCCGAGUUCGGCUCUCCACGCACGACGAAGGCCCGCCGUGCGGAGUCGUCCACACCUCUGCAGGCCGCAUCGCCGGCGCCCUCGCGCUCUCCGUCGCCUCCACCGCGGCGUGACCUGUCGCCGCAGCCGCCGUCUCCGUCGCCACCACCUCCGCCUCCUCCUGGCCACGUCUCGCUUCGCCCGAGGUCCGAGAUCAUCAUCUUCCCCCAGUCUGCUGAGCUUGACGCGGCGGAGGAAGCGCUCUCGUCGCUCGCCCUGGUGGCUUUGGUCGGGGGCAACCGCCUACCGGUGUCGCCGGCACAGGUCCGGGAGCACCUCCAGUCCUUCUUCCGCCUGCCACCAGAGGCUUUCACCGUCAGCCGCUAUGCCCCGGAGGACUUCCUCGUCCGAUUCUACAGUCGCAAUGACCUUAAGGGCGUGCUCAACGGCCCAGUGCCAUCGGGACUCCGUUCUACCUGCUGUGGCGGCGAUGGGUCGCCAGUCCAUGGCGUCCGCGGGAUCGCUGAGAUCAUUCACCCCGACUUGCCGAUGCUUCGCUAUCGCGCCCGCAUCCGGAUCAUCCAGGUCCAAGAUUGGACUACGCCGCCGACCUCCUCCGGCGACGAGGGCCCCGAUGAUGACAGUGAUGACAGCAACAAUCCGGACUGGCACUUCACCGGCGGCGAUCGGUCAAGGCCGUGGCCGCGCAACCACCGCUUCGACGGGGAAGCCGGCGGCGGUCCUCCUCGCUACCUGGAAUCGAAUCUGUGGAAGGAGCGGAACAAGCGUACCUUUGACUCCGUGUCGCGGACACCAAUCCAGCUCUUUCAGCUUAUCAUGGAGGACGCAAAUGUCUGGGUCGGGGCUGGGUUCUCCAGCCUGUCGUCGCUGCUCUCGCUCAGCCCUUAG